AUGUCCGCCUCCAGCCUAACAGAAGCCUGGUCCCUCGACCUUACGCCCGCCACCACCUCCGCCCCCUUCAUAACCCUCCUCUCCUCCGCCUGCCUCCCCGCGGCCAACUUCAACACCUGGCUCCGCAAUGACUACAUCUACGUGCACGCGGGCACGCACUUCCUCGCGCACCUAAUCUGCUCGCUCCCGCCAACCACAAAGCUGCACCCGCUCCUCAUCGCCGGCUACAUCACCCUCCUCAGCGAGCUCUCCCUCUUCCGGUCCAAAGCGGCCGCGCGCGGCGUGGCCCUCCCAGCCCUGCCCGCACCACACCCAGACCCCGGCGUCGAGGCCGCCCGCGACCCCAUGGAGGUUCUGGCAGAGCUCACGCCAACCGCCGCCGAGGGGUGCGUGGUGUAUAUGCGCUUCCUGAUGGAGCUGUGUGUGGAAGGCGGGGCGCACUGGAUGACACUGCUGGCGGUGCUAUCGAUAUGCGAGAAGGUGUAUCUAGACGCGAUGAUAACGGUGCGCGAGAGCGAGGCAUUUAAGAGCGGGGCGCUGGACGAGAAUGUGAGGGGCUUUGUGGAGUGGUGGUCAAGUAAGGAGUUUUCGGAGUAUGUUGGCGUGUUGGAGGCGGAGGCGGCGGCGGUGAGGGGCGGGGAAGGGUGGAGGGAGGACGAGGCGAGGGCGGCGGUCGAGAGGGCGAUCGUGUUGGAGGUUGGAUUCUGGGCGAUUGCGACAGAGGGCUUGGAGGGCCAGUAG